AUGCCUACUCCUGAGCGCAAGUCCGGGUGGUCGCGUCGCGCUUUCGAACCGCCGCAGGUUCACCGCUCCCCCUUUCGCCGAGCGCAUCUCGAAUCUCGCGCCACCGACCGAGUCGACGCGUCGCGAAUUCCAAACCCUUCCAACGCCUCGACCGCUCGACGUCGGAGAAAUUACAGCCAAACUGGAACUUUGCGAGGAGCUUUUGAAGCCCUCUCUCGCUACCCAACCAUGACCGACAACGAGGACUUCUCAACCGACCCUUACGCUCUGGGGACUCCCAACCGGAGGCGACAGACCUUCAACCAUACAUCCCCAGAUUCAAACCCCCCGAAUGAAUUGGCGGAGACGUACCGACAGAUUGACGAUGCCGGGAGCUUGGUUGACUUUGACGUGCCGGACGACGACGAUGUUUACAUCCCCCGCACGCAAUUCCGCGGAACCCGCAGCAGGGGCUCUUCGUUAGGCUCGACAAUACGGGAUCAUGGCCUGUUUACCCACACGGACGCGAAUUACGCGGAGGACGCAACGGAUAACGCAUACCGUCGGACUUCAAGAGACCCUGUUCGGGACGAGCAACGAUUGAGACGAGCAACCUCGAGCCGUUCUCCAGUGCUAAACAGAACCGGUACCGCCAAUGCUCUGACGUCGGAGAACUUACAGCGACGGGAGGAAGAGGAGGCGCAGGCGCAAAUGCCGGAAGAUGACGAAGGGUUCAAGCCCGCGCUGAACCUUCCGACAAACUGGGGCAGUCGCGGUACCCAUCGCCGAGACUGGCUGAGGGAUAUUACGCGACGUAAAGAACCCGAGUCGAAGGAGCCUUUCGAGGAGCCCACCGCCACCUCUCCUCCGAAGUUCAAGCUUGACUUAGCCUCGCGCAGCAGUCAAGUCGAACAGACCACCGAUACAAAUCGAGCCACUACGGAUAACCGAUACAGCAGAGUCCCCCUUGCAGAUGCACAGAACAAGCUCUCCGAACAAACGACAGACAAAUUGACUGGCGGUGACCAAAUCCCCAAUACCCCCAUCAUGGUCUAUAAAAACUCCACCUUCAACAAACGCAGUCCCACCAAACGAGACUCGCAUGACCUGCUUCGCAAACUUGCUAGAACUGAAAGUCCUAACCAGUCCCAGCGGCUAAGUGAGCUGAGGACUCCGGAGGGACCAAAAAUGCCGGAAAAUCGCAUUCACGACAAGACUCCGGUGGUGACGGGCGCCUGGAUCGACACCCCCAUGACUGAGCGGGCUGACCGCUUCCCAGCACAUCUCUCAAAAGAUAUCGUACCAUCGCCUAUCAUGGAGGAUCAGCCCACGAACGAGCCACAGGUCGCUGGAAAGCCUGACUCUUUCGAGUUACAGACCCAGAGAGAACAGGAGCGUGAAACAGAAAUGAGGAGAGAGAGAGAGAAGAGGAAGGAAGAGAGAGAGAAAGCCGAAAGUGAGAGGAAAGAAAGGGAGAAGGAAGAAUUGAAAAUAAAGUCUCGGCAAAAGAAAUCAGAGCAGGGUAAAGAUGAGAAGAAAGAUAACCCAACAAACAAGCCCAAAGACGCCCAGAAACCGCCGUUGAUCAAACCAGACCUACCCAAAAGUGCCCUCGAGACGGUCAUGCAAGACUUCAAAGCCGACAAAGACUGCCUUGACGUUGGUGAUGACACUAUCGAGUCUCUUCAGCUUAUUCUCGACGAACAGCCAAAUGAGAUGAAAACCGAGGCCGAGGAAGACGCUGCAUACGAGAAGUCAGUGAUGGAAAAACUCGAGCUCGCCGGAUCCAAGGGUCGUGAUGUCGUUGAUCUCGACGGGCUUAACGAGAAAUUACGCGCGUUCUCGGAAAACAUCAAUCGGGUGAAGAAGGGUUUGGAUGGCCUCGAAAAACAGGUUGAUUUGAUCCCAACGUCGAAGAAGGAUCUCAAGUCGAUGCGUAACCGAGGAAGCGACAGCUGCGAGGCAUGCAGAGCUCACUCCCACGACCACACGUCGAGUGCAAUUCCCCUUCCACAUCUAUGGAAACACGAUGCUAUUACGGGACGGGACCGGCCAACUCGUCUGACCUGGUUCAUCAUUCUCCUGUUUGCCUGGUCUUACGCGGAAUCGACCAUGUGCGACUACUAUUGCCAUCCGCUCGCUGCCAACGUUUGCGAGGGCAAUUGCUUACUCCGCGAUGCACCUCAAUUCCCUUUUGUGAUUCCAACCAUGCUCUGGCGCUGGUCACACCUCUCCGGUACCCUCGCACCCGUCUGGGCUCUCAUGCUUGCUUUAUCCAGACUCGCCGGGCAACUACUGGGAUUCUGGGACGGAUACGUGGACGAAGCUCCUCGCGCCUACAACCUGUCCGGUGAGAUCCGAAUUCGGGGCAGCCAAACGCGCGACUUCGCAGUCACUGCAACCCCGACGCGAGGGCUCUUCGGCUUCACCGGUCUGAAACCACAAGAUGACACCCGUCAACCUAGCAUCCCAGAGCCCGUUCCAGAUCUUGAUCUCAAUCCAAAUCAAAACCUGCACGGAGCGAGCCACGACGAUGGAUCCAUGGACGACGACGAAUUCAUCUAA